AUGUACUUGAGAAGAUCUGCCUUAUUGAAAAUAGGCCCGUUAACAGUUCAUGAACUUUCCAUUGCUACCACUGACAUUUGCAGAAUUGUCCAACGAAGUUCAUUUCCAAGAGAGUUUGCUUCACCGCAAAAGAUUCUGAGUGAGAAACCUGAUGCUGAAGGUUAUGUCAGUCCACUGCGAAAGUUAAACCCUAAAUUAAAAAAUGGAGUCCUACACGUCGGAGGACGACUAGUGAACGCACCCAUUAGUCAGCAAGCUAGACAUCCAAUUAUAUUACCUCGCAAUCAUCAUGUGACUGAGUUGAUCGUUCAACAUUACCAUGAACAACAAGGACAUAUUGGCCCAAACCAAGUGUUGUCAGAGAUACGACAGAAGUUCUGGAUUGUUCAUGGACUAGCUACUGUAAAGCGUGUGAUUGGUAGGUGUAUUAAGUGUCGUCGAUGGAAUGCACAACCCGGGAAUCAAAAAAUGGCUCCACUUCCUGCAGCUAGAGUGACACCAGGUGAGCCACCAUUCUCCCAUGUCGGGAUAGAUUAUUUUGGACCACUGUAUGUUAAGUACAGAAGAGGUACCAUUAAACGAUAUGGAUGCGUGUUCACCUGCCUGGCCAUUCGGGCUGUUCAUAUCGAAGUGGCCCAUGAUUUAUCCACAGAUUCCUUUAUACAAUCUGUGUGGAGAUUUAUUAGUCGGCGUGGACCACCUACACAUCUCUACAGUGAUAAUGGUACCAAUUUCCGGGGAGCCGAGACUGAGCUGAAACAGAUGCUUGCUAAAUGGAACCAAGCUUUUAUUAACGGUAAACUUAGCAGAAGAAAUAUUCAAUGGCAUUUUAAUCCACCAGCAGCAAGUCAUGCAGGUGGAGUCUGGGAACGAAUGAUUCGUUCGAUAAGAAAGAUUCUUCGAUCUUUAUUAGGGAACAGGUUAGUGGAUGAUGAAACGCUACUCACUUUCACAACAGAAGUGGAGAAGAUUCUUAAUAAUCGACCACUGACACAUUUAUCUGAUGAUCCAGAUGAUCUUGAACCACUCACACCAAACCAUUUACUUUUGCUACGCCUAAAUCCUUGUACGUCGGUGAGUGAAAUCAUAGAAGAAAAUGGUCAUCACAGAAGAAGAACCGAAACUCAACAUUUUGCAACUGAGUUUUGGAAACGGUGGGUACGUGAGUACUUGCCAACUCUACUAGAGCAGCAGAGAUCGGUGCAGAAGACACCAAGGAAAUACAUGAACAAGUAG